AUGCUUCCUUCUCCACCCUCUGCCUUUGCCCUUCUCCGACCACCGCGAAAUUUGGCGAGUCAAUUUGAGCUGACGACGCAGGCGGCUUUACCUGACCACCCUACCGUUGCAGAUCUUCCGCGAGCAAUAUGGAGGAAUAAACGAUAUGUUUUGGAAGAGUCCUUAUCCCGGAAGGGUUCGAAGGGCCGGAAGAGCUGGAUUAAGCGCCAUGGAUUCUUUCUCGUUGAGAUUGACACUAACGAUAUUCCUUUGAGUCCUUACUGGGCCUGUCGUUUGUGCGACGCGAAGGGCCAGCCCGAGUUCUUCGCCGCUGCUGCUACGAGUUUAGCAGCUGACCACCUCCGCAAGUCUCACAGGAUGUUCGAGAGCAGUUAA